UGUAUUCGAAAAACAAAGUCAAGGAUAUGUGUGCUGGGGCACCAUCUACAGUAUAGAUUAAAAUGCAGUAUAUAAUAUAGUAUCAGUAUAAUAUCAGAUAUCAAUGUGUCACUGGUGAAAGGAGCUAUAUUGAACUGAUAGCUCGCCUGUAUCAUGGAUGAAGUAACGUGUUAUCAGAUUACCUAGAUCAGCAGCUGUAUUUGGAACACAUAGUAUGGCGGAGCACGGUAGACUCCCAUGUCUCAUCUGCGUCAUCUAUCUACUCGCUGUCGGUUUUACGGUGGGGGUGACAAUGGCCAUCCUCGGAAAGUGGUCAGCUAGUGCCGUUGGUAUUGGGGGCAUUGCUAUUCUCAUCAUCACUUUCAUCCUCGUCAUCGUCGUCAUCGUCGCCGUCAUCCGCCGGUGUCAAAAACAGAAAUUAUCUUCGCAGCCAGCGGGAGGGGUAGAGGCAGGGAAUACGAACCCACAUACGACAGUAUCCACUGUGACUUUAGAAGGAAGAAGCACAACAGCUUUGCAAGCUUAUGAAAUGACAUCCUCUGUCAAUUUAGAACGUGCGCUGCAGUCUGGAGGAGUUGCCAUGGGAACACAGCCAGGGUAUCCUGAAGACCCCGCCCCGCCUUAUUCUCUAGUUGCACGGAACUUACUAGGCGCACCGUGGUAUCCUCCCUUUAUGCUAUCCGCUACUAACCCACCAGACGCGACAUCAAUUCCCUACUCCCAACCGGGAGCCACGUUGCCGGUAAACUACACGACUCCUUACCCUGUACAACUAUCGACUGACAGUGAUGUGGGCGUGGUCAAUCCAACCUCCCAAGAGAACGACAUCGUCCCGCCCCCGUCGUAUAAUGACGUCAUGACGGGUAAUGUAAAAUACGACGAGGUCCAGAAAAUGAACCCGGAACGGGACCAACUUAGCUGAACAUCCUAAUGCUUUGCAAUCAGGCGAUCCAAUGUUUGCCAUUUUGUAUACUUUUUUUUAUUGUGUAGGGGUAAAUGAAAACUUAUUUUUAUACUGGUGCCAUAUCGUAUUUUAAUAUUUAUUUUUUGAAUGUGGCUAAUGUCGAACGUUUCAUACUCUUAAUCUGAAAACUUUUUUCGCAGAAACCUAAACCAGAAACUAUUUUUUGCGUCUAUUUGUUUUCAAUAAUUUGUACCUUUAUAAAUGUAUAUUUGUACGUCUUGCCCAGCUCCUAUUUAUUGUACCUUUUUAACAUUAUUUUGGAUACCUUUUGGAUAUCCUUUAAUAGAAAAUAAAUGAAAAGUAGCUGUAAUUUAAAAAAAGAUAUAUAUAUAUCAAGUCAAGUAAACUUCCACUGACUCGUCUUAUUGGUUAUCAUGCCUAAUUUAAAUCGCCUUAGCGUUAACGUAAAUGUUUUCCUGAAAGAUAUAGAUCACGAAGUGUAGAGUAAGUACUGUAACGUGUAUCAGGAUCAUUGGUAUUAUGUCAUUCUAACUAUACACACAGUAGAUUAAUUGUAACAUAUUCCAGUAAUAUUUGUUCCCAAUUUUUGUUUUGAAAUGCUGAAGCUGCCAUCAAAUAUCGCAGAACACUCUUCAUCCAGCGCAAGUUCUUUCUUCUUAGAAACUGCAAUGUUUCUAUUAACUGAUACUUAAUUUUACUUUUUGAUAUUACUCACAUAUCAUUCGAAUUAUGUACAAAUCUUUAUAAUACUCAUAGACCUAUUAAAGGGAAAGUCCGUCCUGAUAUUAAAUUGUUUUAGUAGAAGCAUAGACCUUAGAGGAAGAAGUCAGUGAACGUUUGAGAAAAAUGCCGAUUAAAAACAAGAAAGUUAUGAAUAUUUGUAGUUGCGAUCAAUCGAACACGAAUUGGCAACCAUGUGACGUAUCUUGGAAGCUCUCCUCCCAUUUGCUUAAAUGAUUUGAUUUGAUU